UGCGAGCGCGCCCCGGCGCUGAAAUAGCUUCAACCUCCCGCUGCGGUCUCAAGCGCCCCCCUCUCCGUCCGUGGUUGCGCCUCAAGCUCAACGGAGCCCCCCGAGAUCCGCCGCCAUGAACCCAGCCACGCCGAUGCGCCCGAUUCCCGGCGCCUUCGUCAACACACCUGCGCCGGGCCCAAAUACAGUCAGGCGCCGACUCUUCGAGGAGGCAGCGGGUGCUGGGGCCCCGCGCACAAUGGUCAGCGCAUCAGGGCCGGUUGUGAGCACUCUUGGCUCGGGCCAGCCAGACGCUCCUCCCGGCAUGAUUGCCCCUUCACAGGCCCGCGAAGAACUGCCGCCGGUUGCGAAGGCCGCCCAGGUCGUCAACCAGACGCUGCAGCUCGACGAGAGCUACCCCGACUUGGAUUCCUAUUGCAGACCCGGCGCGUCUUCCGACUACAACCUCCAGUUUCCCGAUUCUCCGUGGGCACCCUUUCACAAGGUGUCGAUGUAUCAGAUCCCCGACCAGGUGUUUGAGCGACUGAACCAGAGCGCCGUCUCAACAAGGAUCGGCUUGUUUGCGAGCAUCAACUACGCCUGGGCUUCGAUCGACAACUCGCUCUUCCUGUGGGACUACACACAUCCUGACCCCGAGCUCAUCGGCUACGAGGAAGCCACCCACACCAUCACCGCCGUCGCUCUUGUGCCCCCCAAGCCAGGCGUGUUCGUCAGCUCGAUUACCCACAUAUUGGUUGUGGCGACCACCACCGAAAUCAUCCUGCUCGGCGUCUCUGCUGCUCCCACGCCCUCCGGUUCGAAGACGGUCACGCUGUACCAGACCAAGAUGUCGGUCCAUCGGGGAGGAAGCGACGUCAGUUACAUCGUCGGCACCGCAACAGGUCGCAUCUUUCUCGGCGGCUCGACGGACACGGACAUCCACGAGCUUUUCUACCAACAGGAAGAGAGGUGGUUCUCGAGCAGGUGCAGCAAGAUCAACCACACGCACCCGGGGUGGUCGUCGGUCGUUCCCGUGCUGCCAUUCGGCCAGCGGCAACAGGAGUGGCUGAUUGGCCUUGUCGUUGACGACACCCGGAAUCUGUUAUAUUCGCUCUCCAACCGCUCGACCAUCCGGACGUAUCACAUGGAGUCGCCCGAGAAGCUUAUCAGGGUGAUCGAGAAAGACAAGACAAGCUGUCUGCGCGAUUUCGCCCACAUGGCCGACCGAUCGCCGCUCUUUACCGACCAGACGAACAUCGUCUCCUUAAGCCCCAUCCCCGCCACCGAAGCCUCGAAGCUGCACCUGAUGGCUCUCACAAACACUGGCUGCCGCCUCUUCCUCAGCGCCACCAGCUCUGCUUCGUACACCCUAGGGGGCUCCACAAGUCUCGCGCCGCAGAGCAUGCAGCUCCAAUUCGUCAAGUUUCCGCCCAAGGAACUGACCUCCUCCCGCAGCAGAGCCUCGACAGACCAGGGAAGCGAACCGCCGGUGGAUAAGACCUCGCGAGCCCUCGACCCCAGUGGGUUUGGUGUGCGGUUCGCGCCCGGCUAUUUCUUCGACGUCGUCCGCAAGCAAGCCAGCGAGGAUGCCCUCUUCGUGUCUGCCCCGGACACGGGCAAGAUCAAAUCCACCACGCUCACGUCGACUCUGAAAUACUUCGAGCAGGGGACGUGGAUCGACUUGCCGACUGGCAACCGGAUACUCGAGGUCGGCUUGACGACCGCCCCUUUCUCUGCAGCGAAUCAACCUCUGGGCUUCGGCAACGAGCUUGCCGUCCAGUUCGACAAAGCUCCGGGGGAGUUCGCGGUGCUCACUAACACUGGAGUCCACGUGGUUCGCCGGAGGAGACUUGUUGAUAUUUUCGCUGAUGCUCUGAGGACUUGUUCGGGCGAGGAAGACCUCGAGAAACACGUGCGCCAGUUCAUCGCCCAGUACGGCCGCGUCGAGACAAUAUCGGCCGCCCUGGCUGUGGCUUGCGGCCACGGUAGCGACUUGCGGACCGGCGCUGGCAGGGCGGCGGACCACAAGACCGAAAACCUGGCACGCAUGGCUUUUGUGGAGUACGGCGGUCAACCGAGGCUCGCCGAGUUGGACGGGAAGCAGGCCGUUUCCGAGGUCGUGCAGUUGUCCUCGCGUCACGACGCCCUAGCCCUGUACCUCACUCGCCUGAUCAGGAUGCUGUGGAAAUCGAAGGUUGUCACGACGAAGACAGAUGCUUCGAAGGGCUCCCUGGCCGUCUCCUCAACCAUCCCCACUGCGAAGCUUGUCGCGAUCCAAGAGAACGUCGAGAGGUUGCGGAAUUUCCUAGAAACGAACAAGAGCACGAUCCAGGGGCUCGCCGGCCCGUCAGAACGUCUUUUCAGCAGGCAAGAUGAGAUUGCCAACCAGAAGGAGCAUCAGGCUCUGCACGCGCUACGGAAACUGAUGGAGAGCGUCUCCGAAGGCAUCUCGUUCGUCCUGAUGCUGUUCGACGAGCGGGUCUCGGACAUCUACGCCCGCCUCGACCCGGGGUCCCAGCAGCAGCUCCGGGACCUGACGUACGAGCAGCUCUUCUCGCAGACCCCCGGAAAAGAGCUUGCCAAGGUGCUGGUCAAGGCGAUCGUUAACCGCAACAUUGCCAGCGGCGCCAACGUCGAGACCGUCGCGGACGCUCUGAGGCGGCGAUGCGGAAGCUUUUGCUCCCCUGACGACGUCGUCACCUUCAAGGCCCAGGAGCAGCUGCAGCGCGCUAGCGAGCAGGUCCACAAUCCCAACAUGCUUCGCACCCUCCUGGCCGAGAGCUUGCGCUUGUUCGAGCAGGUCGCCGGUGGUCUUUCUCCGGCUAACCUCCGGAGCGCCGUUGAGCAAUAUGUCGAGCUCAAAUACUACGCUGGUGCAAUCCAGCUGUGUCUGGCGGUCGCGCAGCAGAAGGACCGGGGGAACACCGCGCUAUCGUGGGUCAAUGAUGGCAAACCGGCGAACGAUGCCCGCCAGAAGGCGUUCGCCGAGCGCAAGGUUUGCUACACCCUGAUCCAUGAAGUCCUGGACAAGCUCGAGGUUGCGUUUGCCGGCGAGCCGGAGAUGGUCGACGGUCGGCCAACCCUCGCGGCAACGAAGCGGAUGGAGGCCUACUCGGUAGUCAACGACUCGAGCGACGAGGUGUUCCACUCCGACCUCUAUGAAUGGUACAUCGAGAAGAACUGGACCGACCGUCUCCUUUCCAUCGAUUCGCCCCAUGUCGUCACAUAUCUGCAGCGGCUGGCAGAGACUAACUACCAACAUGCCGAGCUGCUCUGCCGAUUCUACACACACCGCAGCCGCUUCUUUGAGGCCGCCCAGGUUCAGGCGACCCUGGCAAAGUCGGACCUGAACAUUGGCAUCAAGGACCGCAUCACGCUGCUCAGCCGCGCCAAGGGCAACGCCAGUGUUAACACCAUCGGCGUCAGCCGUCAGCAGCAACAGCUGCUCAACCACGAGGUUACGGAGCUGCUCGAGAUUGCGCACAUUCAAGACGACUUGCUCGAGCGGCUGAGGGCGGAUCCCCGUAUCUCCCCAGAGAAGCUGCCCGAUAUCGAAGAAGCGCUGGAUGGACCCGUGAAAAGCGUUACCGAGCUCUACAAUGAGUACGCCGACCAAGCAGGCUACUUCGACCUCUGCCUCCUCAUCUACCACGCGGCCGACUACCACAACCCGCGCGUCAUCAUGGACACCUGGCAGCGCCUGAUCGAGCAGACGGCCUUCGAGACCGAGCAGCGCCAAGAACACUGGCGCCUCGCCCGGACCGGCCAGCCCCUGCCCGAGGGCGCGCCGCCGCUGACGGGCGAGCCGCCGCUGCCGUACGAGUCCGUGUCGCAGCAGAUCCAGCUCAUCGCCCACCGCACGUCGCUCGACAGCCUCGUCUUCCCCGUCGACGCCCUCCUGCCCGAGGUCUGCCGCUUCGCCGUCAACCGCGCCCAGGACGAGUCCGUCGGCGCCGACCCCUGCUGGCCCGUCCGCCUGUUCCUCGGCCUCGGCGUGCCCCACGCCCUGGUCGUCCAGGUGCUCGAGAACGUCCUCGACGCCCAGGAGGCCCCCUUCACCGGCCGGCGGCGGAAGGCGGUCGUGCAGUGGAUCGCCGCCGCCGUCGAGGCCUGGGUCAGGGAGGUCGAGCGCCGCGCCGCCGGCGCCGUCGCCGGUGGGAAGGUCGGUGCUGCUGGCGCUGGUGGUGGUGGUGUUGGUGGUGGCGCCGGCGGCGCCGGCAGCGAGGGGUUCAUCGGCGCGUGGGUCAGCGAGCUGUUGGCGAGGGCGGAUGAAGCGCUCGUGCAGAUUACCCCGUCCACCGCUGCGGCGGGCGCUGCUGCUGGUGGUGGUGCCGCCAGGGCGGCGGCGGCAAGUUCGGCGGAGGCGGAGGAGCUGCUGGAGCUGAGGAGGAUCAUUAAGGGGUUGAAGCGGAGCGUGGAUGGGAUCCUGGGCGGCGAGGGCCUGAUUGGGGGCAGCGUGUUCCGGUGAGGCCGAGUGGCGUGAGUGGAGUUGGUUUGGGAAACGGCCGUAAGCUAGCACGCGACCCACGUAAACAGAGAGCGAGAAGCCGAGGGGGAU